AAAUAAUUUUUGGCCAACUUCAGCCUUCCAAUUCCUCCGCCAUUCCGACUUUUCAGGCUUUGCUUCGUGGCAUCAGCACAUGUCUGGCUCGAAACAGAACCCUCCCUCUUGGCUAUUCUCCAACAACCCCUUGAACCCCGUCAAGCCCUCCGCAGACACCAUGGGCAAGAAGAGCAACAAGGCCGCCGCGGCCAAGAGCGAUGAUACCGCCUCUGCCUCUGUCCCUCCCCCUGGCCAGCUGAUGGACUUGGUAGAGUCUUUCCUCUCCGACCACGCCUUCAAGGGUGCCCACGAUGCUUUCAAGAAGCAGAGAGAGAAGAAGGGCUGGCUGGCGACUGGCGCCGAGACCAGCGCUUCGCUCGUCAGCGUUUUUCAGACAUGGGAGGCUUCCAAGGGCGAAGCCAGCGCCAAGCCCAGCAAGUCCAACAAGAAGAAGGCCUCGGCAAAGAAGUCGAGCAGCUCGGAGGACAGCGAUUCCAGCGACGAUGGAGAGGAUGUGGAUAUGAAGGACGCAGACUCGUCCUCUGAGAGCUCAAGCAGCAGCAGCGAGAGCGAGGACGAAGCCCCCAAGCCCAAGGCGACUAAGAACCUUAAGCGCAAGGCCCCCGUCGACGAUAGUUCCUCCGAGUCUUCCUCCGACUCCGAAUCCGAUUCGAGCUCUUCCGACUCUGAUUCCGACGACGACGAGCCGCGAGCAAAGAAGCAGAAGCGGGACCAGUCUUCUAGCUCUGAAUCCGACUCGAGCUCCAGCGAAAGCGAAAGCGACUCGGACAGCGAUUCCGACGACGAGAACGCCGAAUCCGACUCUGACUCCUCUAGUUCCAGCUCUAGCUCCAGCUCCAGCUCGGAUUCUGACUCGGACUCUGAUUCUGAUUCCGACUCUGACGACGAGGCUGAUGCUGAGACUGCGGCUCAGGUGCCACUACCCGACUCUGAUGGCUCGUCGUCCUCAUCCGACUCUUCAGACUCUGACUCUGAUUCAGACACCAAGAAGGGCAAAAAGGGCAAGGAGGUUAAGGACUCGUCCGACUCGUCCGUCACCCUAGACGGCAAGGAGUCUCCAGAGGCCGAGACAGACUCGACGAACCCUCCCCUGCCCCCUGACCCCAUCCUGAACAACGGGCGCAAGAAGCAGAACGAGCCCUUCUCGCGCAUUCCCAAGAACAUCAAGGUCGACCCCAAGUUCGCGUCCAACGAAUACGUCCCCAUCACCUACUCGCAGCGUGCGCACGAGGACCUGAUCGUGACCAAGGGCAAGGGCUUCACCAAGGAGAAGAACAAGAAGAAGAGGGGCAGCUACCGCGGUGGUGCGAUUGACAUCUCGGAGAAGAAGGGCAUCUACUUUGAUGACUAAAUCGGCCCCUAUACCUGGUUACUGGACCUUGGAGAGUAUCAAAAAGGGGGGGGCCAUGGCGCAUUUUUACGGAGAGCCGGCGUUUAGGACACGAGACGGUCGCGCGCCAGAAAGGCAUAGAAGCAUGUCAUUUUUAAAAGUUGCAAACAGUAUGGUUUUUCUAUUGUAUCCGGGGGCAUCAGAUCCCUUGGUUUCAUCGUCUUUUAGUAUUAUAUCCGUUGGAAGAAGAACGCCAUGCUUUGCACAGUCUAUAGAAAUACAAACUGGAAAUUUCCUGGUA